CCGGGUUUCAGGAUGUGCGGGGCUCGUGUCCCGCAGCUGGAGUAAGAGCGCGCGACCCCGAGACUCACGAUCACGCACAUCCACGCGCGUGCACACGGACCCCACGCACGUGCACGGACCCCGCACGUGCACGGCUCCGGACUGUCCCGCACGAGACCUGCACGAGCCCAGGUUUGUGAUGAAGAAGAGGAGCAGACAGAGGAGGAGGUCACGUGACGCCUCCAGACCCGACUACAGGAACCAGAGUCCAGACCAGGAGGACCAGAGCGACGCAGCGCCCCCUGCAGGGACCCCCCCCGGCCGGACGCCCUCCGCCCUGUGCCGCCUGUGCCAUGGGAAGUUCUCGUCUCGGAGUUUGCGUCACGCCUUCAGCAGCUCGUCCCGGGACCACGUGGACGGCGAGGAGCAGAGGUCCGUGCUCUUUCACUCAGACUUCCAGCGUUUGGUCGGAGUCAAACUGAACCAGGACCCGCGACUCUCGAAGUUCAUCUGCAAAACGUGUCACUCCAAGUUCUACAAGUGCUACAGCGUCCUCCUCAGGUUCCUCCAGAGGGUCAACCUCCCGCCCAUGAGCGCAGAGCGGCGCAGAAAGAAAACAAAAACUGUGGAGCCUCUUGAACAGCGUGAAAUUUCCUGGUGUUUCACCUCAGAUCACCAGUGCCUCCACAGUCUGGUGUCCUGGGCUCAUCAUCACGCCGGCGCCUGCAGUUCCUGCCCCGCCCUGAUGGAGGUGCUGGAGAGUCAGUGCAGGGGCUCGGUCCGGGCUCUGUGGGGCUGUGGAGACGGACACAGUUAUGAGAUGGACACGUUCUUCUCCUGCCCCGAACCGGAGCCCGAAACCGAGGAGCCCGCGGAGGAGAGUCGGCUGAACCCGGAGGAGCACGUGGAGAUCUCCGAGCCCGACCACGGCAGCAACAACCAAGGUGACGCAGAUCUGUCAGAACCGGAGGAGGCCACGCCCUUUUCGUUAUCUCAGUCUGAAGAGGCAGACGAAGAAGAGCUGUGUGACAGGACGGAGACGGGAGGCGAGGCUGAGGAGAGCGCACUGGGACCAGACGACGAGCUCUUCAAGCCUUACUCCAACAAGAGAGCGUCGAGAAAGAAGAAGCAGAGCCACGAUUCGACAGAAGAGACGCCUGUGAGGAACAAACCAGGGCCCAAACCCGGCUGGAAGAACAAGUUUAAAAUCAAAGGGGAGGAGCUGCCCAGUAUGUUCAAGUGUCCGUACCUGGGCUGUACGGCCGUGUACCGCGGCGCCGAUGGGCUCAAGAAACACAUCCGAGAACAUCACGAGGAGGUGAAGGAGCGACCCUGUCCCCACCCGGGCUGCAACAAGGUCUUUAUGAUCGACAGAUACCUGCAGCGGCACAUCAAGCUCAUACACACAGAGGAGAGAAACUACAUUUGUGACGAGUGUGGACAGACGUUCAAACAGAGGAAGCACCUGUCAGUGCACCAGAUGAGACACUCAGGGGCCAAGCCGCUACAGUGUGAGGUUUGUGGGUUCCAGUGCCGCCAGCGCGCCUCCCUCAAGUAUCACAUGACCAAACACAAGGCGGAGGCGGAGCUGGAGUUCGCGUGUGUGAUCUGUGAGAAACGAUUUGAAAAAGCUCACAACCUCAAUGUCCACAUGUCCAUGGUCCACCCCCUCACCCAACCAGAGCCCCGAGAGCAGCCGUCCCCCUACUCCGACCUGCACACCAUCACCCCCAGCGGAGAGGUCGUCCCUCACCGGCAGGACAGAUGACCCCGAGAGGAGGGGGGGGGGCAGGACAGA